GUCAGCCGACCGCUAAUGAAGCGGCCACCCGUUCCUGUCACGGGUUCAGUUCACGUGUGGAACAGCGGGUUUAAUCCAUGUGGCUCAGUUAGAUGGGAGCGGAGGCUGAUGGGGGAUUAUAAAGUUGCGUUUCUUUUUCGGAAAACUCAUUUAGGGAAGUAAAAGGUUCGUCCUUUUCUCGUAUAAAAGUGGAGCUCUUAGGAACCACAUAGUCUCAGAAAUCAACAAAUGACACAAAGUGAUUUCCUGCUUAACUGGAACAUUUUCUGUCCUGGUUCAGGUGCACAUUGAGAAGCCAGACUCUUGCUGUGAUCUGGAGACAUAACUUUGACCAGCCAUGAGUAGAGGAUGACACACCUGCCAAGGAUUCAUGGAAAUGAAUCUUUAACUCAAAUGCAACAAAAUAAUAAUAAAAAAAAAUGCUGUGUGCGUUAUCCUGUAUGAACCGAAAUAUUCUUGGGUCAGAUGGGAGGGGCUCUGUCCAGUGUUACAGAUCACCUGCUAAUGGAACAUGCCGGAGGAGCAGCGACAUGGCUGCUGAUGACAAAUCCUCGUCGUCUUCUUCAACCGAGUGGAACAUCGAGCCUCCUGUCUCCUCUCCCACCAGCCCCUCACACCUGACCCACUUCAAACCACUGACUCCGGAGCAGGAUGAGCCUCCACUCCGCUCUGCAUACAGCUCGUUUGUCAGCCUAUUCCGUUUCAGCAACAAAGAAGAGGGUCGUCCUGCAGCCACAGUUUCAGAGAAGCUGGAUGUCCCGCCCCUUCGUCUACCGUCAGAGAGCCGGAGCUUGUCCUCCAGUCCUUCCCACUCUGUCCACAACUCGAGGACACACCGGAAGCUGCAUCCUGACAUCCUCAGACGCACUUCUACUGUCUCUGAUGGCAGCAGGAAGUCUGAUACAUCUCUGAGCAGCCACGAUCCUCGCACUGCUGUGCAGCUUCGCACCGCCCUGAAGAGGCUGAAGGAAAUCAUGGAGGGAAAGAGCCAGGACAGCGAUCUGAAGCAGUACUGGAUGCCUGACAGCCAGUGUAAGGAAUGUUACGACUGCAAUGAGAAGUUCACCACCUUCCGUCGCAGACACCACUGCCGGCUGUGUGGCCAGAUCUUCUGCAGCCGCUGCUGCAACCAGGAGAUCCCUGGAAAGUUCAUGGGCUACACAGGAGACCUGCGGGCUUGCACGUACUGUCGGAAACUAGCGCUAAGCUAUGCUCACUCAGCAGACUCUAGCUCCAUCGGCGAGGAACUGAGUGCCUUGUCAGACUCUCCCUGCUCUGUGUGUGUGUUGGAACCCAGCGAGCCUCGAACCCCUGUGGGGGGGCGCAAAGCUAGCAGAAACAUCUUCCUGGAGGAAGACCUGACCUGGCAAAGAAAAACUCCUAUUGGGAUGAGAAAGAACAUGAUUCACCAGGAGCCUCAGAACAGCGGCCUCACCUCAAGACUCUCCACUCUGCAGGAGGAUGUGGGAAAGUCACCAGCGAGGAAAAGGUCUGCCAGUGUGACCAACCUAUCCCUGGAUCGCUCUGGAUCCACCCUGGUUCCCACCUAUGACAGUUCGGUCAGUCCACCGACCAGCCGAGCCAUGUCAGGAACCAAGAGCGGCACCAAGCUGGACCACAGUGAGGAGGAGAGGAAGAUCCUGCUGGAUUCUUCCCAGUUGAAGGAGCUGUGGAAGAAAAUCUGCCAUAACAACACAGGGAUGGAGUUCCAGGACCACAGAUACUGGCUGAGGACCUACCCUAACUGCAUCGUGGGAAAGGAAUUUGUUAACUGGCUGCUGAGGAAUGGCACCAUCUCCACCAGGGCCCAGGCUAUUGCAAUAGGCCAGGCAUUAGUAGACGGUCGCUGGCUCGACUGCGUCACCCACCAUGACCAGCUGUUCAGGGAUGAGUAUGCUCUGUAUCGCCCCCUGCAGAGCACAGAAUUCUCUGAAACACCUUCUCCAGACAGCGACAGCAUCAAUUCCAUUGAGGGACAGUCAGAGCCAUCCUGGUUCAAAGACAUCAAGUUUGACGACAGUGACCCAGAGCAACUUGCUUACGAGUCCGACUACACCGUGCCAAACUCUGCCAGCCCCAGCAAGAGGACGUCGGUCAGCAGCUUCCACUCAGCGGUGGACAGCGACUCUGCCGCCUCCAUCAACCUCAACAUGGAGCAGAACAAUGUGAACUUUCACAUUAAGAAGCGGUCCAAGUACCCACACGUGCCACCUCCUGCAGACCAGAAAGCUGAAUUUCUUUUUUCGGAGGACGGAGGACAGAACAUCAUCAUCAGUGAUGCCUUUAUCAAAGAAUCUCUGUUCAACCGUCGUGUGGAAGAGAAGGCCAAAGAAAUGCUGUUCACUCCACUGGGCUGGCACCACAGCUCCCUGGAUCAGCUCAGAGAGGAGAAUGGGGAGAAGAUGGCCAUGGAGAGGCUGCUCUCAGCCAACCACAGCCACAUGAUGGCACUGCUGCAGCAGCUGCUCUACAGCGAGUCUUUGUCUCUAUCCUGGAGGGACAUCAUUGUUCCCGUGGUCCGACAGGUGGUCCAGACGGUUCGGCCCGACGUCCGCCAGUGUGACGACGACAUGGACAUCCGCCAGCUGGUGCACAUCAAGAAGAUUCCUGGAGGCAGGAAGUUUGACUCCAUGGUGGUAAAUGGCUUCAUGUGCACCAAGAACAUCGCCCACAAGAAGAUGAACUCCUACAUCAAGAACCCCAAGAUCCUGCUGUUGAAGUGUUCCAUCGAGUACCUGUACAGAGAAGAAACCAAGUUCACCUGCAUCGAACCCAUCGUGCUGCAGGAGCGGGAGUUUCUGAAAAACUACGUUCAGCGUAUUGUAGACGUCCGGCCCAACCUGGUGUUGGUGGAGAAGACGGUGUCGCGUAUAGCUCAGGACAUGCUGCUGGAGCACGGCAUCACGCUGGUCAUCAACGUCAAAUCGCAAGUCUUGGACAGAGUGAGUCGGAUGACCCAAGGGGACCUGGUGAUGUCCAUGGACCAGCUCCUCACCAAACCUCGUCUGGGAACCUGCCACAAGUUCUACAUGCAGCCCUUCACUCUGCCCAACAAUGAGUUGAAGACUUUGAUGUUCUUCGACGGCUGCCCUCCUCAUCUGGGAUGCUCCAUCAAACUGCGUGGUGCAUCAGAGUAUGAGCUAGCCAGGGUGAAAGAUAUCAUCAUGCUGAUGGUGUGCGUGGCCUACCACUCACAGCUGGAGAUCUCCUUCCUCAUGGACGAGUUUGCCAUGCCACCCAGCUUACCCCAGAGCAGCUCCUUCCCAUGCCUCCUGGAGGGUUCUGCUACAGACGAAGAGAUGGAUGGAGAUAGUAUGGAGAAAACCGCAGUGAGUGAGAACUCUACAUUGGGAGAACAAUCUGUAGAAGCACUGUUUUUAGAGUCUUCAACAAAAAACGAAGAUCUAGACCUUCUCAAAGAUAUACAAAACCCACAAUCGACUCUGUUCUCUGUGCAAGAGGAGGCUGAAAACACAGAGAUGAGGACUUCGUCUCUGUACUCCAGCCCUGUUCGACCUCCUUUGUCCAUCUGUCCUCAGUUCCUCAUUGAGGAGGAACAGGAGGUGGGCUCACACACCCUUGUUGGCACCUCUGAGGGGGAGAUGGCGGGAAAGGGGUCACUUGGUUUGGAGGUUGAAGAGCGCUCCUUGACUCCCACUCCUAAGAUGUUCCGAGACCCUCUGCAGGACGACACAGGGAUGUUCGUAGCCGAACAUGUGGAUUCAUCUGAUGACCGCCUGAAGUCCAUCUCUGCUGUGUUUAAGCACGAGCUGAAGGACAUCAUCCUGUGCAUUUCCCCCUUCAUCACAUUCAAAGAGCCGUUCCUUCUCACGCCUGGGGGCAUGCACUGCCCCAGCAGGGAUUACUUCCCUGAAGAGGUGUAUUUGUCUCCUCUCCUCAACAAGGACCUAAAGGAGCUGGAUGGACGCAGAAAACGCCAGCUGCUCAAAGACUCUGCUCCUUCCUCUUUGGUCAACGGACAGACCAACGGUAACGCACAGCCGAGACCCACUGAUGUUCUGCCUUGUCAUGGUCUCACCACGACCUGCAUUGUGGACCACCUGAGCAGCAGCCAGGAUCUUGCCAGGAUGUUGGCAGACUACAGAGCAAAAGGAGGCCGAAUCCGGCAGAAAGAAACAGGCGAUCCAUUUGGCUCUGCUGGCCCUGCAGCUGCUGGCAGCAGCCAGAACCGGGUAGCAGACAUCCCAGUCAAGGUGCUCGGGAAGGCAGACAGUGAGGAGGAGAAAUCGGGCAAACAUGGUGACAUGAACUGGACCCAAAAGCUUGACUGUUUGAACCCAAUCAACCAUCAGAGACUCUGUGUGCUCUUCAGCAGCUCCUCUCUUCAGUCCAACAAUGCUCCCAACCCCUGCGUCAGCCCAUGGAUUGUCACCAUGGAGUUUUAUGGCAAGAACGAUCUCUCGCUAGGCGUGUUCCUUGAGCGGUACUGUUUCAGGCCUUCGUACCAGUGCCCCAGCAUGUUUUGUGAGACUCCCAUGGUGCAUCACAUCCGCCGCUUCGUGCACGGUAGCGGCUGUGUGCAAAUUGUGUUGAAGGAGCUGGAUUCCCCCGUCCCAGGUUAUCAGCACACCAUUCUCAACUACUCAUGGUGCCGCAUCUGCAAACAGGUGACUCCAGUGGUGCCUCUAUCCAACGACUCGUGGUCCAUGUCUUUCGCCAAAUAUCUGGAGCUUCGCUUCUAUGGCCACCUGUACACCAGACGGGCCAAUGCAGAGCCCUGUGGACACUCCAUCCACAAAGACUACCACCAGUACUUCUCCUACAACCAGAUGGUGGCUUCCUUCAGCUACACCUCCGUAAGGCUGUUGGAGAUCUGUCUUCCUCGUCCCAAGAUCUUCAUCAGGAAUCUGGGCCCCUCCAAAGCCAAUCUGCAGCAGGACCUGAAGGACUUCUCUCAGAAGGUGGUUCAGGUGUACCUGGCCAUCGAUGACCGACUCACUUCCCUGAAGACCGACACAUUCAGUAAGACCCGGGAGGAGAAGAUGGAGGACCUCUUUGCUCAGAAAGAUAUGGAGGAGGCAGAGCUGCGCAGCUGGAUUGACAAGCUUCAGGUGCGUCUGCAGUCCUGUGGCCUGGACUCUCCUCAGCAGCUGCAGGCCAUCCUGGAAUCAAUGGUGGUGAAGAAACAGGGUCUGUGUGAAAUGCUGCAGUCCUGGAACAGCAGACUUCAGGACCUGUUCCAGCAGGAGAAAGGCAGGAAGCGUCUGUCUGUCCCCCCGAGUCCAGGCAGACUCAGACCUAACACCACUGAUGACAUUAAGAGUACACUGGAUUCCUCCCCUCGGAACCCCUCUCCUGUGGUCCUGAAUGAGGAUCGCUACCUCUGCCCACUGCCUUCAACCACCUCUUCACUGCUGCCGUCACCUGGAGACUCUGGAGCUGAUUCCACCACGACUGGACCUAGUGUCAGUGAACAGGACUCUGUCAGCAUCCCAGAAGAUGUGUUUGAUGGCCAUCUGCUAGGGUCCACUGAUAGCCAGGUGAAGGAGAAAUCCACCAUGAAAGCCAUCCUCGCCAACUUUCUGCCUGGCAACAGUUACAACCCAAUCCCUGUCCCGUUUGAUCCAGAUAAACACUACCUGAUGUACGAACAUGAGCGGGUUCCCAUUGCCGUGUGUGAGCGCGAGCCAAGCUCCAUCAUCGCCUUUGCUCUCAGUUGCAAAGAGUACAAAACAGCACUUGAGGAUCUGUCCAAGGCGUCAAACGCAGCCGCAGACGAGCCUCAACAGGCUGUCAGUGCAGAGAGUUGGGUGAAGAGCAGUCCUGCAAGGCUCAGUGACUCUGUAUUAUCACAGCAGAGUCGCAUCAGCACGGACAGCGAGCCUCUCAAGGAUGCAGAUUCAGCAGAUAAGCAGAAGAAACAGACCGUAAACCCACACAUCGAGCUCCAGUUCUCUGAUGCCAACGCCAAGUUCUACUGUCGGAUCUACUACGCUCGGGAGUUCCACAGGAUGCGUGAGGAGAUCAUGGAGAGCAGCGAGGAGGGGUUUGUCCGCUCGCUGUCACACUGUGUAAACUGGCAGGCUCGAGGAGGAAAGUCCGGAGCAGUUUUUUAUGCUACCGAAGAUGACCGCUUCAUCCUGAAACAGAUGCCCAGGCUGGAGGUCCAAUCCUUCUUGGACUUUGCUCCACACUACUUCACCUACAUCACUGGUGCUGUGCAGCAGAAGCGGCCAACUGCGCUGGCUAAGAUCCUGGGAGUUUACCGGAUCGGAUACAAGAAUUCCCAGAACAACACGGAGAAGAAACUGGACCUGCUCGUCAUGGAGAACCUCUUCUACGGCCGCAAAAUGGCUCAGGUGUUUGACCUGAAGGGCUCACUGAGGAAUCGGAACGUGAAAACGGACUCCGGGAAGGAGAGCUGUGAGGUGGUUCUGCUGGACGAGAACCUUCUUAAGCUGAUCCAUGACAACCCGCUCUACAUCCGCUCCCACUGCAAGGCCAUCCUGAGAGGCGCCAUUCACAGCGACGCCUACUUCUUGUCAAGCCAUCUCAUCAUCGACUACUCCCUGCUCGUGGGGCGGGAUGACACCACCGACCAGCUGGUGGUGGGGAUCAUAGAUUACAUCAGGACAUUUACCUGGGACAAGAAACUGGAGAUGGUUGUUAAAUCCACUGGAAUUCUGGGAGGUCAAGGAAAGUUGCCCACCGUGGUUUCUCCAGAGCUGUACAGAGCUCGCUUCUGUGAAGCCAUGGACAAGUACUUCCUGAUGGUCCCGGAUCACUGGACCAGCUUGGGGAUCAACUGCUGAGCCAAAGCGGACUCACCAUGCACAGAAUCCUGACUCAAUAUCAUUCCACAGCAUUCAACAAUUUUUACCCAGCUGGAUGCACUGCAGUGACCUUCUGGAUUCCCCUGGUGCGUCACAGAGAGGUUCUGGUUUUAUAUUCGGUUCCAUUUGAGUGGAUUACCAGAAACACUUAGUGCUUUGGUUUUAGUCUCCUGAACAAACUGCUUCUUGUAAUUUAAUGUUUGUACCUGUAUAGAGAUUAUGUGACUAUUAAAGAUUAUUAACACUG